AUGGUCACCUUGUCACCUCCGAUCUCCUUUGUCUCAACAACGUCCACAGUGCCCAUCUCCUCGGGCAUUGGGGCUCCCAGUCUGGCCAGCGGAGUACCGCCACAGACUCUCGAGAUUCUUCUUAGGUCAAACUUGGACGGCACCUUCAAAACCAAGAUUCCGUAUCUGUCAAGUUGCUCCAGCUGGGCCUCUUCUCCCUUGCUGAAGCCGAGCAUCUCGUCGGCGUUGUGCAACAAAACGGUUCCCUUGGUCUCUGUGGUGGAAAUGUCGAUCGGACACGUGAAAAUGGCAACCUUGGAUGUAGUUGUGAUCUUUUUAAGAUGGGACUCUGGCUCCCUUGGGAAAACCAUACCUUUGAGCACGAACGAGCUGUUGAGCGAAGCACCCAUGAUCUUCACCACUCUGAUGGAGUCCACGUUGAACAGUUUAGGGUUGGUUUUUGGAAUCACGCUGCUGAUUGCGUCGGCGACCAAAUUACUGAUUUUGUCCUCGUUUCCGUACUGUUUCGACGCGAUCACAGGCUUAAUUAUUUUCAAAAGCUCUUGUUUGGAGUAG